AUGGAGAAGAUGAGACUCAGCGUGCGUUGUCUUUGGUUGGUGGUGAUGAUGGUGGUGGAAUUUCGAUCGGCGGAGAGUUUUACUGAGGAACUUGACGAAAACUUCAGAGUUCUUGCGAUGCCAGAGGACGCAGCCGGGGAGCGAUAUUCAAUUAGAUUAUCGAAAGACUAUGUUCAACCAAGCAAGAUCAACACCGAUGGCAGUUUCGCAGAUAUCACCUAUACCGACAAUACCUACAAAAUGUCAAAGCCGUUCAGAACACACGGUGAUAGAUUGACUAAAAUCAUCCACUCGUAUUUUCUAGACCACUCCGGGAACUAUUUCUACCAAAAUGCAACGACGCUGGAAUGGGUCGUGAAAUCAUGGGAAUUCCUUGCGUACAACGCACCCGACAACACAGAUUGGAACUGGUGGGGUUAUCAAAUCGGCGUCCCGCGGUCCUUCUGGCCUGGUCUCUUCCUCUCGAGGGGUUUAAUCAAUGACACGGUAUACGAUGAUUUGAUUCAAAGAUACUGGACGGACCGUACAGUGUGGGAUUACGAACGACAAAAGGACGGGUUCAUAUCGGCGUCAAAUCUGGCAAAUAGAGGUUUCUUAGGGUUGUUCGAGACGUAUUACAAAAAUCAAGCUAUUUUUGAAACCAGAAGAGACCAGGUCCUAGAGUACCUGACUAUGGAAAUAGUGAAUAAAACGACUUACCAAGGGGAGGGUGUAGGAGCCGACUACUGUAUUCACGUCCACAAUCUCCACGAAGGGUUUUACGAGGGAAAUUACACCAACUCACAUUUACGCCGGAUGAUCUACAAUGGUGGAUAUGGGGCUGAGUUUCUCAAAAGAUUUGGCGCCAUCUAUAUAGCACUUCACAAUUCUUCUUAUGCGGUGGAGGAAAAUGUGUUAUCAGAGUUCAUCAAUAUGUUCUUGGAGUGUCAUCAAUAUUUGGUGCGUGGGCGUACAUUCGAGCCGUCAUCUGUUGGCCGCAAUCUGGACGAUAGACAGCGAGUGACGUAUUGGGCAUCAUUAGACUCGGUUUACAAGGUUGCAAGAUUGCUGUUACAACUAAACUACCGUACGACUGAACUGCAAAAUGUCAUUACAAGAUACCAAAACUAUGGUCCUACUAGUGCGUCAAACGCCCUCAUUGGUAACAGGGGAUUUUAUGCAUCGGAUAUGAUGGUCCACCAUAGGCAAGGCUACAUGGCGACCGUGCGUAUGUUUUCCAGCCGUACCGUCCGACCUGAAACCUGGUACAGCAGCAGAAGAAACAAUAAUCCCAAUGGGUAUUAUACAGGUGACGGAUUUGUGACAUUUCUACAGGAUGACCAUGAGUUCGGAUCCAGAUUCAACGAGGUUUUCCAGUAUUAUGAUUGGGAAAAGAUUCCAGGCACGACAUGUGAAUACAGUGGACAGGUUCCCCGAGAAGGCAUGGAGAGAAAUGUUGGAAAUCCAUAUGGGUUUCCCCAUCAUAUAAGCAAUGCUGAUUUCGUUGGCAGUGCCUCCGAUGGAAUGUACGGUGCUGCUGCAAUGAUCUACGAUCGUCCUACAGUCAAUAUAACAAUGAAGAAGUCUUGGUUUUUCUUUGAUGAUGAAGUCGUCUGCUUGGGUAGUGAUAUAGUGCGGCGUGAAACUAAUGGGGCGACUGAACUCCCGAUUAUCACUACGCUGAAUCAAGUAGUCCAAGAUGGUGAUAUUGCAUAUAGUAAUUCAGAAACAUGGCAAUAUGUAGGCUCAGACACAACAACAAAUGUCCCUAAUGCUAAAUGGGUUCACCACAACAACGCAGGAUUUGUUUUUCCAAAUGGAGCAGAUGCAAACGUCGAUUCCCAUGUUAAAACGGCAAGUGGCAAAACUUUGGAAGUCGCUACCAUGUGGAUGGAACAUGGUGUAGAACCGUAUGCGUAUAUCAUGUACCCAGGUGUAACCAUAGCCCAAACUGAGGAUCGCCACGCUAAUCCACCAGUGGAGAUCUUGCAACAGGACUCAAAUGCCCACAUCGUGUACCAGUCGACACUUGAUAUACUCUCGAUGGUUGUGUUCACCGGUCCAUUUUCCUUUGUUUACCCAAAUACAGAUUUGUCAUUUUCUUUCACUGUUGAUCAGCCUUGUAUUUUAAUGAUUCAGUACUUGGAGUCAACUGACAGUCUUUCAAUAACCGUGUCGUUCCCCACACACACAACGGCAACAGUCGCGAUAACACUUGGUUUGUAUGUGACGGGAGCUGACUCAACUUACAGUUCCAGUGAGCAGCAAUCCGAAAUUCUGUUUUAUUUCUCAGAUGAUCUUAUGGUUGCUGGAAAAAGUCAAACCAAGAAUUUCAACAUUGAGCCUACACCAACAACCACAACAGCUGCUCCUACAACCACAACAGCUGCUCCUACAACCACAACAGCUGCUCCUACAACAACAGCUGCUCCUACAACCACAACAGCUGCUCCUACAACCACAACAGCUGCUCCUACAACCACAACAGCUGCUCCUACAACCACCACAACUGGGCCUGCAAUCACAACAACUGGGCCUGCAAUCACAACAACUGAAUCCAAUUCCGUCUAA